GGAGUCUGGCUAAUAUUCCUGCAGCAAUAUCAAUAUCUACAUCAAUAUUCGCAAUGUUCUACGAACCCGGCGUAACAGACCAUGGCCUCCCCCACGAUCCCUUCAAGGCCUGCGUGAUCCCCCGCCCAAUCGGGUGGAUAUCAACCCAAAGCCCCUCAGGCAGCGCCAACCUAGCCCCCUACUCGCAAUUCAACAAUCUCACCUUCGACCCGCCGUACGUGAUGUUCUCGUCAAACCAAACAGCCAGCAACAGCCGCAAAGACACCGUCAUAAACGCCGAAGCGACGGGACAGUUCGUAUGGAACCUCGCCACCUACCCGCUCCGCCACGCCGUAAACAUCACCGCCGAGCAAGUCGCCUACGGGGUGGACGAGUUCAAUCGCGCCGGUCUAACAAAACAGCCCGCGUCUAGGGUAAACUGCCCCAUGGUCGCGGAGAGUCCGGUCAAGUUUGAGUGCGAGUACCACAGCACCAUCCGGCUGCCGGGAAAUCCGCCCAUGGGGACGGUGGAUGUGGUGAUUGGGAAGGUGGUGGGGGUGCAUAUUGCGGAGAGUGUGCUGACUGAUGGGAUACUGGAUGUGCGCAAGACGGAGCCGAUUGCGCGCUGUGGGUACUAUCAGUAUACGGUGGUGAGGGAGACGUUUGAUAUGGUGAUUCCGGGGAUGAGUGAGGAUGUGCUGUAUGGGCUGGAGGGGAGUGCGAGGAGGAAUCGGGAGAAGCAGAAGCAUUUGAGAGAAGCCGAUGACUUGAAGUUGUAGUAUUGAAUAUAAGUAGACUUAACAACCAUAUUAGUUACAGG